ACUAACAUCGUCUGUCUGUCUUCUUUUAGGUAAAUGUCUUAACCAGUAUGCGUUGUCAUUUUGUUUUCUAAACCACACACUCACCCACUCUGUGUCCCCAACACUGUGUUUGUCAAGUUCUGAGUUUAUUGCUAGGAGCUCGGUGACGUCACAAACGGCAGAAAAACACUCGCGAGGGCAAUGCUUCCCCCUCCCAUCUUCACCAUACCUAAGAAGCAGCCAACACCGGACGCCACCAACUGACGCAAAAACAUUCAAGCAGAAACCACAUCAGUGGCGGGUUUAAUGCACACUUGCUCACAUGCACAGCUGACACGUCUCAUCUGCUCGAGUGGGACAGGGGAGGUUUGCUGUUAACCCGCGUUUGCUGCUGCACGGCCAGAGGAGGAGUGUUUGUGCAUCAGUCUGCUGCGGAGCUGCAGGAGCAUGUGGCCACUCCAGGCUUCGACCUCUCACCUCCAACCCCGCUGAUCGUUUAGGGGGAGACCAACAAGGUGUUCAGUGUGAGAGUGACGGGAUGAAGGUUUGAUCAAGGUCAUCGAGUUAUGCCACCUGUGUCAGCGUGAGAGAGGAAAUGACUCUGAAUGUGUCUGUAGUGGGGGAGUCCCUGCUCAACUCCUCACAGUGUGGACACAACAUGACCAGCUGGAACCAGCGCAUGGAGCAGAUGUACACCUACUUCUACCUGCUGCUCUUCAUCCCCGGGCUGCUGCUCAACACCACCGCUCUCUGGGUCCUCUGCAGACACAUUAGUAAGAAGACCAAGGCGGUGAUCUUCAUGAUAAACCUGGCAUUAGCGGACCUGGCCCACAUCCUCUCUCUGCCCCUCAGGAUCUAUUAUUACUUCACACACGCCUGGCCCUUUGGACCUGGCGUCUGCUUGUUCUGCUUCUACCUCAAAUACCUCAACAUGUAUGCCGCCAUAGUGUUCCUGGUGUGUAUCAGCAUGCAGAGGUGUGUCUUCCUACUCAACCCGUUCUCCGCACGCCUGUGGAGGCGGCGUUACGACCUGGCGAUCAGCUUCAUAGUUUGGGUGGUGGUCGGCCUGGCCUGCUCGCCUUUUAUACUGAUGCGGAGCAGCACCUCCACCAGUCCUGGUUCUACCCAGCAUCCCUUAAGUUACGUCACGACUGAUGCACCAUCUGUGACUGCGAGCCUCGGCAGCGACUCCAGAACCAGCUGUUUUAAGGACUUGCCCACGCGUCGUGUGCCGGUCUCUCUAGCGGUCACCAUGAUAGCUCUCGCUGAGCUGUUUGGCUUUCUCAUUCCUUUGGCCUGCAUCAGUUACAGCUCCAUCCGCAUCGCCUGCUCUCUCAGCAAAAUACAGACCCAGGAUCAGCAAAACUCGAAUGAGUUCAACACAUCAGCGCGCAGCCGACUCCAGUCAUCCACCAGCAUGUGUCAGGCGGACAAAUAUCAUGCAAAGCAGACAAACGCCGAGAAGCGGCGCGCUCUGCGGAUGGUGUUGAGCUGCUCUGCCCUCUUCUUGAUCUGCUUCACCCCCUACCACCUUAACUUCCUGCUCUACAUGAUGGUGUCGCAGAAUUUCGUGUCAAACUGUGCGACACAACUGGCUGUGCUUCAGUUCCACCCAGUGUCCCUGUGCCUGGCGAGCAUGAGCUGCUGCCUCAACCCUCUGCUUUAUUACUUUCUGACAGCCGAGUUCAGGAUGCACCUCACCAGGCGCACCUCCUCCUUCACCGCCUCGCUCCUCUCCUCCCCGAUCAGCUCCCCGACCCAGCGCCCUGCGCAGCAGAGAAUGGUGAGCAUGGAGAGUAGCUGCUCGGACAGGGAGUAGCUUUAUUGGCAGGCGCCACCGCUGUUUUCACGAUUAUGCAACGGGGCUGGUCACAAGAUGGUCUUGGUUCAGAGGUUAAGUUGUUUUUCCCUCAAAUAUUGAAGCAGAUAAGCAUGACAGAUUGAGAUUGCAAAUAGACUGACCUGAUCCAAGUUGGACAAAGAGAUGAUUUCACAAGUUGCAGCUGUCCGAACACAAACUGACCUGAAGAACUUUGAGCUCAAUGUGAAGAAUUUCCCAGGGGACAUCACUUGUGAACCAGCAGAUCUUCAAUCACUUACAGAAAUGGUGUCUGUGUUUCAUAAUAUCCAUGUGAUUAUCAUCACAGUGGCCUUGUGUACAUAAGCUACAGGCUUGUUGUUUAUUUUCAUAUGUCAUAAAUAUCGAUUCAAAUGCAUGUUAAAUGUUGCGUGAAUAAAAGAGCUGUCUGUCACCGCUGG